AGUCGGGUCCCCGCCGGGCCGCCAGGCCCGCCGAGCAUCCCCGCUCAGGUGAUGAGGACCACCUCGCGCCCCCAGCGCAGAAGGCUGCUGCCGCCACCAGACGCCUCCAUUGUCUGACCACCGCCUGGGCCGGGCUCUGCAGGAUCCCAACUUCUGAAACCUUUCAGCCAUCGUGGGCCCCACCUCUGCUGGGAUGUCUUGGGGGCUUUGACUGCUGUCACUGUGACCUGUGAAUCCAAGAGACACAUCCCUUGGGAAGAAUCAAGAGUGCUUCCUCAGGAUCAAAACAGAAGACCAGCGUGCUAUUUGUAGGGAGUCCCCAGGAACAAGAUUGACGAAACUCUGGAGCCGAGGAGCUGGCAUGCUGGCAGAGUCUUCCAUCUGAUGGGCAGGAGGCCGAGUGGCACACUGACACUACCAGGGGUGCGGCGUGGGCUCACCACCAGCCAGUGGCUUCUGCCCCACGCAGAGCAGACAGGAGACACUGGACAAGACUUGUUCUAUAAGUGAGAUAGAUAAGAGAGUACUCCACAGCAGGAAGCUCUAGGGACUAAAAACGUAAGCUGCCCUUCGAAUGUUGACCACGCAGGAUCUAAAGAAAAGCUCUAUGCUAAGGAAUUAUGGAAUGCAUAAGAAAGUCAGUGGCACUCAGUAAGAACACUGAGUGAGGAACACUAUGCAGGAAGAAACCUUCCACAGAAAGAUAGGCAGGGAGAAGCUUAGGCUGAUGGUAAGCUCGCCCAAUAGAGCACGCCUGAGGUAGACUGCCAAGAUGGCCAAAUAAGAGACUUUAUGAAGUAGCCGUCCUGGAGUUAGUAGUUGUAAGGCCAUUUUCUCCUCUUAAGUCACGAUACCAAAUAGGAAAAAUGAUCUACAAGUGCCCCAUGUGCAGAGAAUUUUUCUCUGAGAGAGCAGAUCUUUUUAUGCAUCAGAAAAUUCACACAGCUGAGAAGCCCCAUAAAUGUGACAAGUGCGAUAAGGGCUUCUUUCAUAUAUCAGAACUUCAUAUUCAUUGGCGAGACCACAUAGGAGAGAAGGUUUAUAAAUGUGAUGAUUGUGGUAAGGAUUUUAGCACAACAACAAAACUUAACAGACACAAGAAAAUCCACACAGUGGAGAAGCCCUAUAAAUGUUACGAGUGUGGCAAAGCCUUCAAUUGGAGCUCCCAUCUUCAAAUCCAUAUGAGAGUCCACACCGGAGAGAAGCCCUAUGUCUGCAGUGAGUGUGGAAGGGGCUUCAGUAAUAGUUCCAACCUUUGCAUGCACCAGAGAGUUCACACUGGGGAGAAGCCCUUCAAAUGUGAAGAGUGUGGGAAAGCUUUUAGGCACACCUCCAGCCUCUGCAUGCAUCAAAGAGUCCACACUGGAGAGAAACCCUAUAAAUGUUACGAGUGUGGGAAGGUCUUCAGCCAGAGCUCCAGCCUCUGCAUCCACCAGAGAGUGCACACAGGGGAGAAGCCCUAUAGGUGUUGUGGGUGUGGGAAGGCCUUCAGUCAGAGCUCCAGCCUCUGCAUCCACCAGAGAGUGCACACAGGGGAGAAACCUUUUAAGUGUGAUGAAUGUGGCAAGGCCUUCAGUCAAAGUACAAGCCUCUGUAUCCACCAGAGAGUACACACCAAGGAGAGAAACCAUCUCAAAAUAUCAGUUAUAUAAGACAUUUUACUAUGAGUUAAAAAUCUUCAAACCCGUAAGUGCCACUAGGAAGGAAACCCUGUAUCCACCUGCAUUGACCCCAGGAACGUUUACAGCAGUCCACAGCAGAACGUGUUUUUCUGAGGCAGGCAAGGUGAGGUUGGUGUUCUCUUUCAUUGGUUCAUGCCAACUAUCCCACAACUUGAUUCUGAACAUAAAAUCCCUCUGUAUGCACCCGGGGCUGUUUCUGUCGUGGGUAUGGUGGUUCCUGGGAUUCUGGUACUAUGCCUCAGUAGUUGAAAUAGUUCGCAAAACCUAUGAGCAGUGCCCAACCUGAGUCACCACCUGUCUGUGCUAUGCUGUGCUUACAAGCAACCCCAGAUGCCGUGCCCUUUCCUCUCACUUCAAGCCCACUGGUCAGUGCAUUUGAAGAUGGACAGCUCCCGUGAAGACUGAGUUCUGGUACUUCUGAGGUUGCCACUUGACAGCCCUGACAUUGCUUUUCAUGUGUCCCAUUAACUUCUGAACUCAUUUUACCUCAUAGUCUCAGAGUACCCAUAAAGCCCAUCCCUUCCUAGAUGGCAUUGAGUUUUAGUUUAGGUGAAUCAUCAUAUCCACUCACAGCCUAUCAGGAAAUCAUUGGCAUACAUGGCCUGGAGCUUUUCUUGAGUUUUGUGGGCUCUGCUGAUCACUGUGUCUCUAUGUUAGACUGAUUUUUCUAGUGGCUGCAUCAUGUGUCUUUAACUUGAAAUUUUUUUUUAAAUAGCUGAAUGUAAGUAGGGAGGAUGAAGAAAGCCAAGAGCAAACUUGCCUCCCUCCAGAGUCCCCUCAGGCUCCUUCUGUGACGCGGUGGGGUGUGCCCCAUGAUCUAGGGGAGGCCUUGGGAGUCACCGAGGAUGUGUCUGUGUUUCUGUCGUCUCAGGCAAUAAUGUAUAGGAUUCAUGGAUUAUGUAGCAGUUCUUUAAAGGCAUGACCGUGUAUUGCUAGCCCAUCAUGACUUCAUUCACAAAUAUUUAUUGAAUGCCUCCUGGGGGCCAGGUGCUGUGCUAUGUGUGCUGGGAAUGCCAGUGAGUCAUGGUGGAGGAGACAGGAUAAGCAAGUCAACAAAUAAAUAACGUAGUUUGCGAUAGUGAUUAAGUACUAUGAGAAAUAAACUAGGGUGGUAUGUAGAGGGGGUGGGGGGCCGGUUAGCUGGAGUCAGGGAUGCUGCAUUGAGGGUGCUGGGGCCCAGGUGGGGGGAGUGACAUCCUGGCACAUGGUGCAGAUGCUGCUGGCUCUGGUGGGGACAGGAAGAGGCAGGUGCUGGAGGUAGUGCGUGUGGGGAGGGGAGGAGCUGAGCCAUGUGCUUGGUGUCCUUUUAUAGGCCUGUUCUGUUUUGUUUCUGCUUACUGAUAUUAAAGCCCAUGUGGAAGAACUCAAGCGAUGUUUAAAAGACCAAAAGUCCCCAAGGACACAAAAAGCAGCCAGUUAUGUUUUUCUUGUUCUUGUUUUCAUGGAUCUCCCAAUGCAGUCCUUUGCUCAGGAAGUCUUUGGGGAAACUGAGGACCUGGGAAACUGAAGUGAAUGACUGGUUGUCAGUCCCUGCCAACCAUCUAAGAGGCCUGGAAAGAAACUUGCCAGGAUGGUCCCUGUACUGUGAGACUGCCUGGUUUUCUUUACAGGUGUGAAUUCAUUGCUUCUGUUUGGCUGGAAGUGAGUUUUGUAACUCAAGUAGGUCUCGUGAGGUUGGUCUUUGGAGUGACUGUCACCAUGGGUUUUAACACCAAGAGGGCUGCUGGCCAAUACCAAUGUCCCUUCAGGCCUCAUGGCUGCCACGAUAAUUUACUGUAGUGUCUUACCACUUCCAUGUCGCCAUAGCGUGGAACAUUAAAGAAAAGCCUAGACUUUUAGUUGAUAGAGAGCUGGUUGAAAUAUCAUUGAUAGAAUUUUAGUUUUAGGAAAAACUGGUUUGAUUUCUAGCUUUAUUAUUACUAUUAGGUAUGUGAGCUUGGGCAAAUCGCUUAAUCUUUGAGUCUAGUUUUCUCAGAAAAUGAGGACAUUAGGCUAAAUGAUUUCCAGAUUUCCAGCUAGUCCUAGAGUUCUAUAUUUCUACAUAGUUGAAUUAUUUUAUCAUGCUGUUGCAGGGGAAUAUGACUAACACUUUUGAAGCUACUAAUUUUGUCAAGCUUUAAAGUCCAUGAUUGUUAUCUUCAGAAAAUAUUAUUUGACCUACAGUAUGUCCAAAUCAGUUUAAUAAAAUCACUUUAUAACAGGAAAA